AUGCCCGGAGGCGUGUGUGCCGUCCUCGACUAUGAGGUCGAGGCGAUGGCAGAAUAUGUCGCCGAGAUGGCAACCCGAGUUGUCACCCCUGAGGCAGUCAUCACCCCUGCUUUCCGAAAGUUCGUCUCGCAGAUCCUUACAUCCACGAGACUGCCGAGCACCACCAUCCUCCUCGGUAUGAACUACCUCGCCAAGCGGAUCAAUUCGAUGAAGAGCCAGGGCCCUUACAAGGCUACCGAAGGUCAAGUCUGGCGAUACCUUACGGUCUCCCUCCUCUUGGGCAGCAAGUUCUUGGAUGACAACACAUUCCAAAACAGAUCCUGGUCUGAGGUCAGUGGAAUAUCUGUCUCAGAGUUGAACUCGCUUGAAUUUGAUUGGGUUCAGUCUAUGAGCUGGCGCUUGUACGUCAACCUGGAUCUCAGCAAGGACUACCAGGCGUGGUUGGAGAACUGGCGUGACUGGCAGCAGAUCAGGAAGCGACAGAUGCAGGCUACUCGGGAGCGUUCCGUCCCCGUCGUCCCCGCCGUCGAUACCAAUGUCGCUCGAUACAACGCCAGCCAGCACUCACCUCACUCGCGCUACAUCCAGGAUCAGAUCGCCGAGUACGAGAGAUACCAGGCCCUCAAGUCUCAACAAUCGGGCUACCGCUCGCGCGAGGCUUCCUGGUCGCACAACCACAACCCCUGGGGUGCUCCUCUCACUCCACCAGAUUCUGGCUAUGGCACUCCUGAUUACGCACUCUCCGCCGCUACCACUAAUGCGCGAUACAACGACUGGUUUGCUCAGGCAACUGCUCAGUACGCCAGUCGGUAUCCCCAUGUUUCCCAUACUGCAUAUGGUUCUGGGCGUCAUGGUGGCUACGUUUCCUCCAGCUACCCUUAUCACCAGAACAUCUGGGAGCAUGGUACUGGUGACUGUGCCUGCACAGGAUGUGCUGGGCCAAUGAAGCAUGCGCCUUACUUUGGCGCUCACGGAUAUGGACAGCCCGUCAUGGGCUAG